AUGAAGCCCCGUCGUGGAGAGCGGAUCUCGCUGACUCCAGCCCAGCUCUUUCACCCUCUGCCCCAAUAUCAUGUUAUCGUUUGCACGAGUUGUCGUUUUGCAGUCUUGCCCGGCGCCAUUCCCCGGCACCUAAAGGAAAUCCAUGGCAUCCGCAGGGCAGCGCGCCGGCCGUUCUUGGACUUUGCUGCAAAAUUCGAUCUCAGGGACAACCCUGAGAGUGUGAUCUUUCCAGAGGCAGCAGAAUUUCCAAUUCCCGCUUUGCCAAUCCUGGAUGGCCUACAGUGUGGCUCUCCCAACUGCCUUUAUCUCUGCGUUGCCGAGAAAAGGAUGCAAAGCCAUUGGCGUUCUGCGCAUGGGUGUCCUGGAGUUCCUGCAAUAGAUUGGAAGAAUGCCCCCCUCCAGACUUUCUUCAGGGGUAAUCUGCUGCGGUAUUUCACAAAGCCGUCAACUGACUCAGCACUUCCACCCGAAAAUGGAAAUCAGCGUCAAACACCAGCCCGCGCAGAUUUGCGGGUAACGUGCCUCGAUCCAGAUAUGCAACUACGAGAGCUUACUCUCCCGUUUUCUGAUACAGCGCUUGGCUGCCAUACGGGCUGCACGGCAGGUUUAGUUCUACCGCCAUUUGAAGAAUCACUCCUCCAGCACUAUAGGAAUUUCACCAGCAGGACAAUAGCGACAGAUAUCGAAACAGAAGCUAUGUGGGGAGACGCUCUCAUUCACAUGGCAUAUCACCAUGACUUCUUGAUGAACGCCCUGCUGGCCCUGGCAGCACUUCACCUCGCUCAGGGCGAUGAGAUGGACCCCCCUGUCGAUCGGAGAAAUUACUUGUUGGCAGCAAGCAAGUUCCAGGAUAUCGCUAUGGCACCCUUCCGUGUUGCAGUGGCCGACGCGAACAAGGCAAACUGCCACGCCAUCCUCGCAUUCACCCACCUGCUCGUUCUGUAUUGCUUCGCUACAGAACGUCGUGAUGAGAAUUUAUUGUUGGUUGUAGAGCAGAGGGACGACAUCACACCAUUGUGGCUACAUUUUCUUCGCACUGGCUGUGCAAUGCUUUGUUCAGUGUGGGAAGUGCUGGAAAUCGGCCCAGUUGGAGCAUUGGCAGCUGCUUGGGAAAAGCAGUUUGAUCUCCCGGUCGCAAUCGACGCACUCAUUUCGAAGAAUCUGGAGGAUCUCCUGGAAUUGGUGCCUCCUCCAUGGUCUGCAGAUGCUUGGUCGGACGAUGAGUGCAUAGAAUAUCACGAUGGGUCAGCCUUGGACCGCAUGGGAUGUCUUACGCAUAUGGCCAAUCAGGUUGCGCAGCCAAUUCAUGGCCAUGCUUGCCGCUUCUCAUCCUGGGGCAUUGAUUCUUCUUGCACAUUACUCGGUGUUGCUUAA